CUAAGGUGGUCACGUGAUUGUUUCUAAAGAUGGCGGCAGUUGUUUGGAGUUUCUAGGCAGUUUUUCUGUAGGAAAAAUUGACGUAAUGCCGCCUAAAAGGCCUUCGUCAGCUCGCAAAAAUGUACCACAGGCGACAUUUUCAGCUUUUGCAAGCUGUGCCAGACUGCGCCAUGUCCAGUCACUGCUGAGGGAACCCUCUGACAAGACGUCGCCUGGUGUGGACGCAAUCCUUUGCAUUCUGGGGAUUGAUAGCAGGUACAAUGAAGGGUGUCGAGAGCUGGCCAACUACCUCCUCUUUGGAUUUCUGGAUCUGAGGAAAGAAGACUUAGACAGAUCUGGGAUUGAUGAAGACAUUGGGGAUGAUCUCGUCAUUCUGGUCAAGAAGGACAGUGUCCAUGUGCAUUACAUGCCGACUGACCAUGCCUACGUCAUUCCUUACAUUGCCCAUUGGCGCAGUCUUCACCUACACAGUCUGACAGACCAAGAGCACAAGGAGGAUGAAGAUGCGGCCGAGAAUUUCAAGGUCCUCAGCUUCAUUGAGAUGGUUCGGGGCUGCUCAAGAAUCGGGGUCCCCUACUUUGCCAGAGAUCACGUGCAAACAUUUGACCAUUUUGCGGUGGAGAAAUGGCCAAUCGUCCAGGCGUAUGGAUUGGAAGAUUUUGGCACUGGUGGUUUCUUCACGAUGAAACAUGAGGUCGUUGACGUGACCGAAUCCCUGUCGCAAAUCUACGACGUCGUGGACCCAGUUUCCCUAGAGAGACUGGUCACAAAACAGCUACCAUUAUUUGAAAGACAAUGGCAUGCCUUACUGACCAACGUAGACAUUGCAUUCAAGGAACGCAGCACAUUUGGGGAGAUGUCGGAGAGCACGGUUGCAGAGCCGCUGAAAAGUUUCUACAGCCACGGUCGUGUUGCAAGUCCAAGAUCGGAGAAAAGUUGUAGGAAACCGUUCGUGUUAUUUGGCCAACGUUCCAGCAGCAUCACACCACCAGAGACAGAUGGCACCAUUGGUACGGCAGGGGUCGGUAACAGUGCAGCCAAGUACAUGGUAUGCCAGGCCGUUGGACCCAAGAGCCCCUUGUGUUGUGGGCGUACCUACUUCUUUGGUAGCGGACACACCCCAUACCCAGUGACUGGGGGCACACCCAGAGCCCCUAGAUCACCCAAGACAGACAUAGAACUUCUGUCCAAACUCUACAAAGUUGCAAUAGACGCCAUACUGGCUUCGAUCCAGGCCUACGGACAAACUUCAAGUGCAAAAGAGGCUGAGGCAGUGUGCACGCAGACCAUAAGAGAGGGUUGCGCAGAAGAUUUGCUGAAUGCUGACACAUACAUCGCAAGAAUGCAGUUUUCCUUGGAGGCCUUUGAUCACCACGGCAACAUGGUUCCGUUGCAAGAGGGCAAGCCGUCGCCCUUGGUGAAAAUGGCAAGUCUCAGGCUGGCUGACAUCGGCAGUCUGGAGCACAGCGGCAACUCCCUGGGAUCUGUGAUGUUCUCGGAAAGUUUCCUGGACUCAAGAAUCACCGUGUCACAUCCAGGUCUGAGCCCAACGAUUGACAGCCAGUGUCUCAUCCUUACCAGUCAUAUUCCAAGAUAUGUCUCUUGGGCUGUAGAUGUGCCGGAGAAGAUUUCCUCCAAACUCACGGAGACUUUCACUAAGUCCUCCGAUGUGUUUGGCAAGGCUCUACUGAGUGGUGAAUCCAUCAUUGCGCUGGGGAACAAGGAACUAUCCACAGCCCAUGAAGGCCAGUUGUACAUCUGUGAGAAGGGCAUCGUCUUCCAAGACAGCAGGCACGGAGUGGUCAUCUUCCCCAAGUCUUACUUUGAAGAGAUGCAGUUCUUUGACGGGGAUUCCUCCAGCGUGAUAGCAGCGUUGGUGAUCACCUACAGACAUUCCUUGCAGCAGUACCUCCCCAUGCAUUACCACAAUGAGGGGGAUACUGUCAUGUUUGCCUUCACGCCCAAAACCAGAGCACACCGGGCCUUCUACAGCGAGGUCAUAUCCCUGUGGCUGAAGACAUCAGACGAGCCACUGCUGAAGCUGAUUGACAAAGUUCCCGAAUACUUUGUCGCUCCGCACGCAGAGCUCCAGAUGCAGUAUGCCUUGGCCAACAAACUGAACGUGGACGCACGGCCCAUCAGCGUGGCUAUGGCCAAUCUUUACCAACUGAAAAGUUUCCUGGAGCACUUCUCCGCCAGCAGUGUCGGUGAGGCCCCCAUACCAGACAAGGAUCUGGCCUGCGUUCUGCAUCGGAAACCAGCGGACCAAGUUAAUGGUGCCGCAGAUACUGGAGAGAUUGUAGUGACCAUCGUUACCGGCAUCCCAGGCAGUCACAAGGAAAACCUCUGCAACAUCCUGACCAACAUGGCCAAGGAACAAAGCAGGUGGGUGACCCUACGACAGCCCUUUGAUUCAGCUGACGCCUUCAACGCGGAGUCCCUCCAGACCUCGCUCGGUGCCAUCCUUGUGGCCAGCAAGAAGAGAAAUGUCCGAGCGGCCACGGGAGGCCGCAAGAAAAUGAGAGUGCUCAUCGCCACACCAGGCUUCACGGACACGGUGGAUGUAGUCCGUGCCAUCACCUGCCACCCAGACCCUGAGGUGGCCCACCAGGUGCGCAUCGGUGCAGUCACAGCCUGCGUGGAUGCCCACAACACCUUCAUGGCUCACAGAUAUACAUUCCCUAAGCUUUUAGACCAGUGUGCCCAGGGUUGGGUCAACAACGUCCUCUUCACAAGCUCUGCAUCGGGACCGGAUCCUUUGCUGUCCAUGGUGCAAGAACUCCUACGAAGAGUCAAUCCUGGACUAGCUUUCAUCCUGGCCAACAAAGGCGAGAUAUCAAGAAGCGAGGAUGUGGACAUGAUUCUCUCCGAGACGCUGUUCACCACGCCUAGCAUGAUCAGAGCCAGGCACCUUCUGUCCCCUGGCUGGACUGAAAGUGAGUUCCACUCCAGCACCAUCUACCCAGCUAUGACCACCGUCUCUCUGAAAUUCAGCCAGCCGUUGGACAGGGGUAAACUCUUGGUCAAGCUGCGCGACCUCCGUGACCAAGCCGCCAAGGGAAGUCCAUUCACCGGAAAUAUCUACUGCGUUACAGGGCGCACCAAGUUCACAGACUCGGACCAACUAAUGGAACUACAAAGCGUCACCCUAAGCAGUUACAUCUCCCUGACCCCUGCCUCCGAGACAGCACCCAUCCGGCCCCCGUCAGCUCCCCAAUCGCCCACCCCUCCCCGCCAGCCCACUCCCCCCGGCACCCGCACCAACGGGCCCAACGAGAAGGGAGACAAUGGUUACACCUUCUGCCUGGUGUUCGUGGGUUGCGGCCUGGAGGAAGGGAAGCUGAAGGAAUGGAUGAGGGGCUGUGCCAGGCAGCGGCCGGAGAAGAAGCCGCUCAAGACCAAGCAGUCGCUGACCAGGGAGGAGAGGAAGAGAAUACAUACAAAGCAUCACCUGGAUGCCCUUCCCGAGGGGUGGUUCUACAACGGUUCGCAAUACGUCAGCAUGACAGGAGAAAAGACCGACACUCACCCAGGUAUGGACACUUUCGUCGACGAUUACUUGAAGCAGGCCAAUGCAAUCGUGGAGAAGUACAACGCACGCAUCGAGUCUGAGGUCUACAAGGACCUCUUUGCAUGAAAGAUGGGCCAUUGACCUCAGGUCAAAGGUCAUCAUUGGCCAGGCCAGGGGUCACAAAUCUGUUGACCCAUGUACGAAUGACCACCCUGUGUCUCUUCCAGUGAAGUGUUGAGAAGUUGUUUUUGAUAGGUUUAAUUCAAAUUCUUACUUUGGAGGAAUUUUUGUAAGCAAAAUUCUAUGAAGAAAUGUCAACCACUGUCUGAGAUAUCAGGUUCAUAUUUCUUCUUUUUUUCUCCAACCCGAAAUUUGAUUUAAAAUAAACGCGAUUUUUCCCAUGGUUUCGAAAUCAAAUUUUGCAUGGAAGGUGACAUUUACCUUAAAAAUAUGUAGAUUUUCAAACCCUGCUUUGAAAACAUUGUGGCUCCCCCCCCCCCCCCUCCAAAAAAAAAAUUCAGCUGUGCCAUUAUAAUUUGCAGUUGUACCUUUUUUGCUUUGGUAUGGUACAACACAACACAUUGUAGAAAAUGUUAACUAAAAGUUUUGGGUUUUUUGUACAUAUGUUUGCAGUUCAAAUUUUAUUUGUAUUACCCAUUUUUCCGUCCAGUUUUGUUUUGGCUUCCCAAAUUGACAAUUGUACUUAAAAAAAAAAAAAUUCCAUGUUGCUUGAAUGGCAAUUUCCAAAGUGCAGAUUUGUGACAUUUUUCACACAGUUAGCACAAAGUGAUGAAGUUUGAAUUUUCACCGAGUGUAUAUUUUGUAUACAAUUUUAUUCCUACAGAGUUUGUACAAAAUUUGUUUUUCUGUAUUCUUGUUCACCUUAGUGUCAUUGAAAAUUCGAUUAAAUUUAUGAAUUUUACAUUU